AUGUCUCUAGCUUCUUCACCACCAGUCUCCACAUUUGCUGGUCACCGUACUACUCUCAGGUAUUAUGAUCAACGUCGUCUUCCAAAGAAGAUGAGGAAGAACCCUUCUGCAUACCCUCUCUUUCUCAAUCAGCUUAACGAAGGCUCACCAACACCCAAAUCUUACAAAGAGGUCAUUAAGCCCUUCCGCCAAAUGUUUGCUCGUGAGAUCUCUUCUCAAUCCAAAGACUCUGAUAUUUCUAUUGCUAAGGUUCUCUUGUACAUUGCUGCUGAAGAUGAAGCCUUCUUGGCAUUCAACCGGGAGAUAGAUGCUCUGUCUUUCAUGAGAGAGAGGGGAAACAUCCAAGACCAAUCUGAUCCGAGCGAGACUGAUUCCGAGGAGCAGCUGUUGCAGGUAGCUGGAAAGAGUAUACUCGAAUGGCUGAGUGAACUAGAUGCAAUUUCAAAACAAGUAGAGUCAGAGUUAGUCUCACGAGGCAUCAACAGCUGCCACUCUGUUCAAGUUCUCGAAGCUGUAAACACAGUUCUCUUCGAUAUGAGAGGCUUCAAGAGGACAACAACAUGCUUGAACGAAGACCCCAAGUAUUACUACCUUCACUCUGCACUUAACUCUAGAUGCGGCACUGCGUUCUUGUUUAGUGUAAUAUACAUCGAAGUUUGUCAGCGCCUAGGUGUGCCUAUUGUGGGAGCUAGAGUUGGGGAAGACUUUUUGGUUUGGCCUAAGACUGAGAAUCCUGAAGAACUCUUUGAAGUAGUAACUUCAGGGAAGAGCUUGUUUGCUGUUGUCAAUGGAAAGUGCGUUGAUGAUUCAGAUUCAAUGGCAUCAGAUUUAACCGGAAAGUCACUUCAGGAUCUUGAUGUUGUAACUAACAGAGACAUUAUAGGGAUUGCUCUCGCCAACUUGAUUAGGGUUCACUGGAGACGUGCUUCGAAGCCAUCACCUGGUGGAGUAAUGCUGACUUCUCCUCUUAGUGAACGUAACAACCUCAGGAUUUCUAAUUUUCCAUUGUUGCGGCCUCAAGAUCUUAGAAGGUUGGCUAUUGCUGCUGCUGAAAGGCUGUUGAUUUUGGAACCUAAUAACUGGCGACUUCGAAGAGACCUUGGCAUGAUGCACUACUACGUCAGGCAAUGUAGAGAGGCGAUUCAAGAGCUGAGCAUAUGCAUAGCCUUUGUAAUUGACGAAGAAGAAUCAAAAGAGUUGACGCUUUUUGUUGAGAAACUUCAUCGUCUCUUUUCAUUGAUGUCGUCUCCCUUAGACUCUUCUGAUCGCUUGGCCGUUCAUUGA